AUGCCGCAAAGCGAAAAACGACCUCUUCCGAAGCACUUCGGCGGCGUAGGCCCUCAGAUGCUUCCGGAGUUUCAAGAGGUUCUCCCUGGCCAGCUUUCUCCGGGCGCGGACGACUCCACCACCUUCCACGAGACUCCACAGCAUCUCGACUUGUCGCUCACGUCAUCACCGCUCUCCGAGCACCUACACGCUCAUUCUUCAACAGCCUGCCACUUCCCCUUCGAGCACGAGCAACAAGGGUACCGGUCAGCCCCAUCGGAAGACCCACUGUCACGAAGUCUGCAUGCCAGAGCCUGGAACGUGUCCUUCCCGGCUAGGGAUACAUCCUCGUUCCCCUGGCAGCAAAGCUGUGGCUGGGUCGAGCGGGACCCACGAGACCCGCCCUGGCCAAAUCCUGGAAGGCCAGGGCCCAGUGGGCCUGGCCCUAUGCCACCGGCCCUGGGCUCUUACGGCGCAGGACCAGCACCGGCUGUUCAGCAGACUCCGACUGAAAGAAACUCGCAAUAUCACGGACCAGCUGACCAGUAUGUGCCAGAUUUCGUCCCACCUGUCGGGACAAGUCAACAUGUGUUCAGCUUUCCCGGACAAGAGUUCAGCGACGGCCACCCGGGGCAAUACCCGGGAACAAGGCCGGUGCCGCAACAACAGCAGCGACAGGGAUACCAGCUGCAGCUACAGCUACAGCAGCAGCAACAGCAACCACAACAACAACAUCAUCCACAAAAUCAACGACCACUGCAGCCACAUCAAUCACCACCACAACCACAUCAACAACAACCGACACAGCCACAAAAUCAAGCACAACAACAGCUGCAACCUCAGCCGCAAAUGCAAGCGCUACCGCCACAACCGCAAUCCCCACCGCACAUGAAUGUGCCUCGGCAAGUUUCUGCUGCGAGUCGACUGCAGCAGCAAAUGCUUCUACUUCAGCAAGAGCAAGAGAUGCUGCUCUCGCGUUCCACAUCCAGGCGCGUCAUGCCUUCACAAACUCCGCAGAUUUCUGCAGAAACUCAGAGUGCUGACCUCUCCCGGAUCCAGUCGGCUUCGGCCAGGAAUGGGCCUGUGCAAGCGAGACCCACCCGAGCAGAGCAAGAACAGCAACUGUCGUUUUCAGCAACAUCAUACCCGCUUGCGGAGCAGUUCCUUCAGCAGCACGGAGUGCAUGGCCAGCAGGGAAUCCUCCACCCCUUCGCGAAACAGCAAGUCCAAUCAGGGGCCGCGAGACCGCAAAAUGCAAGGCAGCUCUCCCCGAAGCACUCGGCGCCGGUUCAACAUCCGCACGACGAGCUUUGCAGUGCCUCGGCUCUGCAACGCUCCGCCAGCCCUCGCUCCUUGUCCAGCACGGCACCUGCAUAUCCGCGAGCAAGAGAGCUCGAACAGCAGCGCAGACUGCUACAAGAAAGACAAGAGCUGCAAGCAGCUAGGGGAGGCAGGAUCCCACCUCCAAGCACUCUCAGCCUUACGGUUGGAGCGCGAGCUCAGCUGAGGGACGUGGUGAGAAACGCUUCGAGGUCGGAUUCACCAAAGCAGAUCUCUCCUUCCGCCAAGCAGAGCAAGCAAGGCAGGGCCGAGAUCCCAGGCUCAAAGCGUGGAGGUGGAGCUGUGACGUCCUCGUCAUCGUCCUACCGCCCGGUGAAUGCUGGACUUUCCAGGGGCCCAGGGCCGGGAAGUGCCAGCGGACAGCGAAUCGCCAGCAGGAGCCCGCCAGAAACGCCUGCGUUUGUGGAGCCCAUCGCGCGGCUUGCAGUGCAGACAUCCAGGAGCCAGGCACUUCACUUCAGCAACUCCAGCAACAGCAAGUUUGGGCCCAAAGAGGCCCGUAGAGGCGGCGAGAGAUCGGCAAGCCCCUUCGGUGUGCAGCGAAGCCCGCGCAGCCCCAAACCCUCCCCACGCUCGGAAAGAUCUGCACCGGUCACGGCGAGACAGACCGCUGCGAAGCCGGUCAGCCCGUUGAGAGGCUCUAGCCCAAGGAGCCCCACAAGCAACCGACAGACCAAUGGACAGGUCCAGCCAAAGGCAAAGACGGACGAGAGUCGGCGUAAAGUUGAGAGCAGGUUUCAGAGCCCGUCUGUCCAGCCGAGAGAUCCGUCACCGGCCUCGGAACGCCUACCAAGGAAGCCUGCGGUGCCUGUGGCACCAAGGUCGCAGACGCCGCCGAAGAAGGGUCUUGCCUCCUACUUGCCAGGCGCGCAGCCGGCAAAGAAGACGACCUCAUCCACACCUGCAGGUCCGGCAGGCUUCGCAGACAAAGUGGCUGCGCUCCCACAGCAGACCGACCAGCAAGCUUGCAGCCAAAGGGGCAUGUCCAAGAAUUCAGAGGAGAAGGAAGGUCGAGUCUAUGUGGGAUUCCGUGACGAGCAAGGGCAAAGAAGCGGCUACGGAGUGAUGCAGAUGGAUGGAACAACGUACACAGGCCAAUGGUGUGGGAGCAAAAGAGAAGGUUACGGAACCUUGUUCUUCAAUGGCGGUGUCUUUGAAGGGCAGUGGCUGCAAGGCAGUGCGCAUGGCAAAGGGGCCAUUCAUUUUCAGAACGGGGACACCUUUGAGGGAACGUAUGCCAACAAUAAGAAAUGUGGGCAUGGUGUGUACACCUGGGCAGAUGGUACCAAAGAGUCCGGAGAGUAUGCCGGUGGUCAAAAAGAUGGCCUUCAUCUAUGGCACUCCGGUAACGAGUCCUGGGAGGUGGUCUACGACAUGGGAACAGUGGUAGCCACACGAAGAUUAGAUGCCAAAGUGGAAGGACCGGGAAUGAAGCAAGACGAAGCCACCGACGCAACAGAGAGCACUCCAGCAGCAGAAGACAGCGCGGCACAAGCCCAGAUGCAGGUCUCAGUCUAA